AGUGUUUUCUGUUUACUUAUCACUACUUACUUCAUCUUGCUACCCAAUCGAAUUUCAGUCUGCAGUCUUGAGGCUGCUCGGAAUCCAAGUUCAUAGAUCCGAGUCUCGAUUUGCCACCAAUCAUCUAAUUAUAGGAACCAGCCACUGUCUAAUUGAUGUGAUGAGAAUAUUGUUAAUUCGAGGGUACUUGAAAGCACCCUUUCCUCUCACCUUCAUCCUGUUCAUUAUCCUUUGUUUUGUGGGACAACCCAAGAACUUCGGCCUCCUUAGGGAUCUGACAGACGGGAACGGGAAUUUAUUGUACAUACAUACAUACAAUUUCGGAAGUUGGAAGGCACAGGUGGGGGCGCCUAAUAAGUUCCUGCCAGCUUCAGUUCCCUCAGCUUAAUUCGAUCUCUGCCUUUCGGACCUGCUCGUCAUUUCUGCCAUGGAGACCAGAUCACUCCGCACGCGCGUGGCCAACGCCUGCGAUCUUUGCAAAUUGCGAAAGAUCAAAUGCAGUGGCGCCCGUCCAUGCGCAUACUGUGUGAGGCGGCGGCAGGCGGAUAGCUGCCGUUACACCGCUCCGCGCCGCCGCCGACCGAGGCCCCGCUCCGACGACGUCGCUGUUGAGGACUUCUCUGCUGCCGCUCCGACCCCACGGUCAUCAUCAAAUUCCGUCCCCUCCGGACGAGGCGGUCAAGAAGCGGACUCAUACCCUCGCCAACCAACGACGUCGUCAUCCACUCUCGCACCGAUUGACGGUGCCACCCGCGAAGGCGACACAUUCUCAAGCGCGGGGUCCAUUUUGCACCCCAGCCCUGCGCAACAGCAAGCCAGGAACGCCGUCCUCGCCGCCCUCGAGGAGCACGAAGAGACAGAAGUCCCCCGCGAGGCUCGUCUUCUUUGCGAUGCCCAAGGCAAACUGAUCUUCAUCGGGGACUGCGCGCCUCUUUCCUUUUUCCAGACCGUCCGGAGACUGGUCACGAGCCGCGUCGACGCCGAGGCUUUUGCCCCCGAAACCAGCGGCUACUCGGCCCUUGCGAACGUCUACUCAAGGCCUGGAGAAUCUGGUACUUACGGGGUUGAGCCGCCUGCAAUCAAGAUUCCCAUCCGCCCUACUGUGGCUGCUUACAUCGAUGUGACGGCAGGGCUGAUUGAUAUAUUUGACAAUGCGCGUCUAGCUGAUGAUAUUGCCGCCUGGGCCGAGGAGCCUCGCCCACGCGAUGCCGCCGUCGAUGUCCCAUCGGCGGUGAACUACCUGGUGCUUGCUAUCGGCUGUCAAAGGUCGGACGAGCAUACUGCCCGCCUCUACUUCGAGUAUGCUCGGAAUCUCGCAUUCACCAGCCUCAGCGGCAACGUGGGCGUUGCCAGCGUCCAGGCUUUCAUCCUCGUCACUUUCUACUCGCUCGGUGCUUGCCAAAUCAACGGGGCCUUCCUCUUCUUUGGCAUUGCGGCUCGAGCAGCCUAUUCCAUCGGCAUCCACCGAACGGCCGUUAAUGUGAGGUUUGGUCCUGAUGUUCACCGUCUGAGAGACCGGCUUUGGAAGAGCCUGAGAGUGUUGGACUUGUUUCUGAGCACAUCCAUGGGCCGGCCCCCGGCCACGUCGGAUGUUGACUGCACGGUGCCAUACCGGGCACAAGACGAAGACGGCCAGGAGAGAUUCGAUCUGCUGAACGCAUCCGCCCAGAUUUUCCUGGUAAUCGAGGCUAUCGUCCUGGAAGUCUACUCGCGCCGUAAGAUAUCGCCGCGGCUGACCGAGGGAAUAUCGCGGGAGCUCCGAGACUGGUCCGAUAGGUGGCUGCAACGACUGAAGGAAACCGUUGACAAAGCUUUACCCGGUGACCCACCUGGUACGGCUAACGGAGCCUGUCAGGUCCUCUCAAAUUAUUACUAUGCUGUCAUCCUCGUCUCACGACCCUUCUUGAUGGUCGAGCUUCACCGGAGGCUGUCGGAGAAGAGCCUUUUUGCGGACAGGUGCCUCACGAGCAAGGCGAAGCUGGCUGACGCCUGUAUCGACGCGGCAAUCCUGAUGGUCGAACCGGUACAGAGCCUCAUUGAGCGAGGCCUAAUGACGCGCCGUGCUCCAGUCGUCGUUUCGUGGCUCUUUGCCUCAUCGCUUGUGCUUGGGAUGGGUCUCAUGGGCGGUUUCGGGCGCGUAAUCGAGAAACAUUGUCGAGCUUCCAUUGCCGCCCUCGAAUAUUUCGCUCGAGCAGACACCCACGCUGUACAGUAUUCCCUUAUCGCCAAAUCUCUGCUCAGCACAGCACUUCAGUACCUCGAAAGAAGGGAAAUAGAGGAGCGGCAGCAGAGAACAGAAAGCUCGUCGCAGCUGUUUGGCCUCAUUCCUCGGACGACGCGGGUAGGCAACAACUGCGAUCGAGGAUUAUCUCGGAGCCGGCAAAGUAGUAGCCCUCGGAAGGGUAGUGACGGGUCAGACAAGGCAUAUUCGGGUCAUCUUGACAACCGGGAACCGCGGUUCAAUUUUGAUUUUGAGUCGACACUCCUCGGGCUGGCCGACAUGUCCGGCACGCCAGACUUUUCGGUCGCGGGGGGUGACUCCCUCGAUCCUGACGCCGAGCGAACUUUUGGCGCUCUCAAUCUCUUUCCUCUGUUGGAAACUGACGGCCACAUCGACUUGGCCAAUUACUUCUGAAGAUCGGCCGGGAAUUUGGCUCUAGCGGACCGUGUAAAGUAAAUUUGCUGCCUCUCCAGCUAAGGAUCAACACCGCAGGUUAAUGAAAACCCAUCGGUCAACCAGCGAACGUGAAACUUGAUUGUGGGGCUGUGCUGCGAUGGGGGGAUACACUGCAAGGGAAUGAAGACGUUUUCAUAUAAGGUACUGUCCGCCUCACCUUAGUCCGUUAACGUCAUACUACGGGCAGGAAAGAAAUUAUUGACAGAAUGCCGAUUGUCUUUGCAAGAGAGUGUAACACAUUAAUAUAUUUGGAAUAUAUCAAUCUUGUCAUUGUUGCUUUUUAUCCUUCGUUGCCUAUCGGUGC